AAAAGAAAAUAAAUCUACAAAAAGACACAGUCACACAAAGCCAAACCCUCUCUCUCUGUCUUAAUUCCUCGAUUCCUCCGGCGAUUGAAAUCCAAGCUAUGGCGAGCCUAUGGCGGGCAGCAAUGUCACUAACGGAGAAACAAAUCAAUUACGACGGCGUCGAAUUUUGGUCGAGCCCGGAACGGACCGGCUGGUUGACAAAACAAGGCGAGUACAUAAAAACCUGGCGUCGCCGCUGGUUCGUUUUGAAGCAAGGGAAAUUAUUCUGGUUCAAGGAAUCGUCUAUCACACGUGCUUCUCGUCCACGCGGCGUGAUCCCUGUUGCUACCUGUUUAACUGUUAAGGGAGCCGAAGAUAUUCUGAAUAAGCAGUAUGCUUUUGAGCUUUCGACGAGGACCGAAACGAUGUACUUCAUUGCGGAUUCGGAGAAAGAGAAGGAGGACUGGAUCAACUCGAUCGGACGGUCCAUAGUUCAGCACUCGAGAUCGGUUACGGAUUCUGAGAUCGUUGAUUAUGAUAGCAAGCGAUGAUGAUCCGACGGUCAGAUCCAUUUUCAUUUCAUUUCCUUUCCUUUUUCUAAAUUUAAAUUUAUGUAAUUGAGCUCAUGUUGUGAUUCUGUUGUUUGUAAUUUUUUUUUUUUUAACGUUUGUGUUUAUGUAAGGUGAAAAUACUCUUUCUGUUUGGUAACGAUCAGAUUGUAAAUUUGUGCCUAUAUA